GAGUGAGUGAGAAGAAAGACGAAGGGGAAAGGAAGAAGAAGACGGGCGGAUAUUUUAUCAAGAGUUGAAGACGAGUUCCUACGACAGUGAUACGAAAUCUACGCACCGAGGCGGAGUAAUAUGAGUAAUGCAGCCAACCAGAAUGGAUCAGGUCUAGAGCAGCAAAUAGCUGGUCUGGACUUGCAGGACUCCCGCCAACCGAGUGGGGGUCGCUACAUUCCACCACACCUACGAAACAAACCUGCAAAUUCGUUUUCAGACUGCCCUCCAGGUAACGAUCGUAUUCCUUCAUCGCACUCCCGCUUCUCGGACCGAGACCGAGACCGAGACCGCGGCCGUGGCCUAGGCGGAGGUGGCUCCAGCUACUCUGGGAUCGACUCUCGUGGGCGCAACGACGCGGAUUUCGGUAAUUUCGGAGGUCGCAAUCGACGCCAGGAGAAUGGUCGGGACUACCGUUAUGAACGCGAUGGCGGACAGGGUGGCGGGAGCGACAGAUGGUCAGAUCAGCUGCGUAGCAACGAUCGUUGGCAAGAGCAGCCCAGAAAUGAUCGAAUGUCCAGCUCUGGUGGUGGGAGAUGGAAAGACGACGAUAGAAGGGGUGGCAAGUCCGAUAUCGACUGGACCAUGCCGACUGCGAGGGACGAGAGGGCCGAGGUAGAAUUGUUCGGUGCAAGAAGCACGGGAAUCAAUUUUAAUAAAUAUGAGGAUAUUCCAGUGGAUGCAUCUGGCGAUAAUAUACCGCAGCACAUCACAACCUUCGACGAUGUUAAGCUGACGGAGAUCAUCAAGAAUAGUAUAAACUUGGCCGGCUACAAUCAACCGACGCCUGUCCAGAAAUACGCAAUACCAAUUAUUAUUGCCCGGCGUGACUUGAUGGCUUGUGCCCAGACGGGCUCUGGUAAAACGGCCGCCUUUCUCGUGCCGAUUCUCAAUCAGAUCUACGAGAGUGGACCGCUGCCAAUGCCGCCCAGUUGCGGCGGGCGGCGUAAGCAAUAUCCCCUGGGUCUGGUGCUGGCGCCCACCCGCGAGCUCGCUACGCAAAUUUACGAAGAGGCGCGCAAGUUCGCCUACAGAUCAAGAAUGCGCCCGGCCGUCGUCUACGGGGGCUCCAGUAUUACCGAGCAGAUGCGCGACCUUGAUCGCGGAUGCCAUCUCCUGGUGGCCACACCCGGGCGACUUAGUGACAUGCUGGAAAGAGGCAAGAUCGGCCUGCAAAAUUGCCGUUACUUAGUACUUGAUGAGGCUGAUAGAAUGCUCGAUAUGGGUUUUGAACCACAAAUUCGAAAAAUUGUUCAAGAAAAUAAUAUGCCUAGAACUGGUGAAAGACAAACUCUUAUGUUUUCUGCUACUUUUCCCGAACAGAUUCAAGUACUGGCAAGAGAUUUCUUGAGUAAUUAUAUUUUCUUGACUGUCGGUAGAGUUGGCUCAACAUCAGAGAACAUUACUCAGAAAAUUGUCUGGGUGGAUGAUCCAGAUAAACGAUCAUAUCUUCUCGAUUUGCUUGAAGCGACUGACUUACAAAAUCCCAAAGCAGGCGCGGGAUCACUGACAUUGGUAUUCGUGGAGACAAAGAAAGGAGCUGAUAUGCUAGAACAAUUCCUUUAUAAUUUGAAUUUCCCCGUCACAAGUAUUCACGGUGACAGAUCUCAGGCAGAGCGUGAGGAGGCAUUACAGAAUUUCCGUGAAGGGAAUACACCAAUUCUGGUGGCCACUGCUGUUGCCGGUCGUGGUUUGGAUAUUCCUCAUAUAAAACAUGUCAUCAAUUUUGAUCUUCCAGGCGAUGUCGAAGAAUAUGUUCAUCGUAUUGGUCGUACUGGACGUAUGGGAAAUCUUGGUACUGCAACAUCUUUCUUCAAUUACAAAAACCAAAAUUUAGUGCGUGAGCUAGUAUCAUUACUUGUCGAAGCAAACCAAGAAUUACCACAAUGGCUAGAGUCUAUGUAUGUAGAGGGAAGACACGGUGGUGGAAGUAGAAGACCACCUGCUAAGAGUAGCAGCCGCUUCGGCGCUAAAGAUUAUCGUCAGUCGAGUGGCGGUGGACCGCCUGGGCGCAGUAAUGGUCCGUCUUCUAGACCUGGUUAUGGAGGUAGUUACGGAGGUGGAGGUGGCGGCUAUGGUGGCAACCACAACAACUCUUCGUAUAAUUCCAGUAACAAUAGCAGUAACAACGGUAGUGUUGACUGGUGGCAGUAAUUACGUGGCAAAUAGAGGCAUCAGUAAAAAAAAAAAAAAAACAAACGCACCGUCGUCAUCAAGCUACUAUUAUUACUACUACUACUUUACAUACAAAUUCAACUAUAUGUAAGAAAGUCACGCGAGGCAAACACAUAAAACGACAUAAAUACAAAACAAUUAAAUGGACAUGCGCGAUCGCGCUUAACUGAUUUAAAAGAGAAAUUAGAAAUCGUAUAUUGAAGCGGUUUAACACAUAUAUUAUAUGAAUACACUCUUAAAUGCAAAUACUUUUAAAGGUAAAAAAUGAAUCACGCGCGCGCAAGACAGUAUGUAAACAUUACGAGACAUUUUCAAGUAGUAUAUUACUGUCAAGACUGCUAGUACAUAUUACUACUUUAUUUGUGGCAGUUGAAUAAAAUAUCACAAUCGCAAUUACACUCACAACUCGAUAAAAGAUGAUAAAAUGAUAAAAAAUGUUGCAAAACCGAGAUGGAAUUAAUAAGGCGAUUGUUUUUUUUUUUUCGCGAAGACGAGAGUCUGACUGUCGUCAAAAAGUCUCGUUGCGCUGACUGGUGCACGUGUUAGUAGAAUCAAUAAUCAAAUAAAACAUAACCGAGCGUCACUACUCAAUGUUCUGGUAUAAAGUGAAAGAGGAAAAAAACAAAUUUGAGUUAAGCGACGGAAAGUGAAACUGCGUUUAUUUAGCAGAAUUUUUUUUUGAAUUGUCGAAUACUCGUGUCGAAAUAAUAAUUGCGACAAGUGCGACUCGCUGUGACUUUUUUUCUAAGUAAAACGAAAAUUUUUCGCUCAAUAUCGAGCACUUAUAUGUUUUAAAGAAACAAAAAUAUGAUUCUUUUUCGAAUUUAUAUUCAAAAUCGACGAAUGGUACUUUUGUCCUUUGCCGUCCCUAAAAAUAUUAAAAUGGCAAGAGAAGAACAAAUAUAACAAAGAUACAAGUACACAAGUAACAUGACUAAUUUGUCGAAAUCUUUCGAAGUCGAUAACAAAAUACACGCGACAAAUAGAAGAAAACAAUGUAAUAAGAAUUGCAACGCGCCUUCUACAAGAGGACGAUGAGUCGAAUAUAAAUCCUAGACUUAGGGAGAUAAAGAAGUAGCUUUCCUUUGCUUCUUCUUUGCUCUCUCUCUUCUACUAGUAUUAUUUAAUUUUCCUCUUCGUAAAUAACUAGCUAGCGGCCGACGUAUUGGUUUAUUUAUCCAUAUGUCAAGCUCGAUAUAUAUUCAUUUUUUACGCGAGACGCAAGGGUUAGAUCUCAAAUACGCAAAGUAUACGUGAGAAAAAGAAAAUAAAUACAAAGAUUAAAAGAUGACAAACCGAAAAUGAUAUCGAUAAAUAGUUGUGUAUUUUGCGGUUUUUCUCUUAUACAUAAUAUACACGUGUGAAAUCGUCGUUUGCAGUUGGAUAAAAUGUUCCACAUCAAGCGUUCUAAGAGAAGAGCGCGUUGUUUCAUGCAGCAAGUAAAAACAAUAUAAUAAAAAACGAAAGGUUGCAGUUACAGGAGCAGCUUAUAUAUGGGGAAAGUAAACUGAAAAAAGGGGAGAGUAAAAGAAUGAGAAUGAGUCCUGCGAGAGAAUCCAGUGAACGAGUGUGAAUGUUCGAAUUAUGCGCGAUCGAUGAACUUUUUUUUUUGCGGCUCGUCGCAAGCGAAAA